UCCACGCAUGUCUGUGGAGCUUCACGCAGUCCCUUGAACGUCUCAUUCCCAUACGCUUCUAUUAGGAAAUGGCGGGAUGUCCGAGGUGUUCCGAAGGCAUCUCGCUCGCAUCUGCCUGCUUCCUGUCACUUCUCUUUUGGCACGUCAGUCUCACAGGUGUCCCCAGUUGUUGUGGCCCACACGGAAUGCUCUAGAGAGAAACGUAGUCUGGAACAAUAGGACAACAAGCAGGGCUUUUUUUUUUUUUUUUUUAAAGCUCGUAUUGUGUACAUUCAUGUCGGUCGUAGCACGGCAGGUGCACCGCGGCAUCGGGAUCAUUCUUGGGCUUGUCCUGUGAAGACAAUUCUCUACAUCUCAGGGACAGUCACGCGCGUUUUUGGAGAGGACCUCUCCUACAAGUAACCGUCAUCAAACUGACUUGUGUGGUCUCCCACAUUCUACGUUCUAGUCAGCGGCCCCGGCAACAUGGCGUCAAGCCACCCGCACCAGUCCAAUGUCCUGCAGGAGGAGCUCACCUGCCCAGUGUGCUUGGAUGUCUACCACGACCCCCACCUGCUUCCGUGCGGCCACAACUUCUGUAAGAUGUGCCUGGAUCGGCUGCGGCAUGAAGCAGAUCGCAGCCGCUUCCGCUGUCCAGAGUGCCGCAACAGCCACCGCUGCAACAUCAGCUUCCAGAGGAACUUCAAGCUCGCCAACAUUGCUGACGACUUCCGCUCUCGCCGCAGAGUGAGCGCCACCGCUGCCGACUCGGCCGAUAAGAUUUCAAAAGAGCGUGUCACGUGGACUAUCCCACAAGGUUCUUUUCCAUGCGACUACUGCCCGCCACCCAGCGCCGCAACCUCUGCCUCUGCGGAUGGCGCUUCUGGUUCUUCAGGCGACACGCAGGAAGGUGCUGGCGCCUCCGGCAUGGCGGUGAGGAUGUGCCUCAAGUGUGAGGUGUGCAUGUGCCAGGAGCACGUCAAGCCACAUCUCGAGCUGCCGGCCUUUCGAGAGCAUCCGCUGACAGAACCCAUGAGCGACCUCUGCAAGAGGAAGUGCCGUGACCAUGACGAGCUUUACAAGUACUACUGCCUGGACGACAAGGUGUGCGUGUGCAACGCCUGCACAGUAGAAGGACGACACUUGGGCCACACCGUGAAGACCCUGAAGAACACCAUGAAAGACCUGAAGAUGGCGCUAGACAAGCAGAUGUGCAGGGUGGGGAAGAAGGACAGCGUGGCCAAGCGGAAGCUCCAGGAGCAGAAACAGAAGGAGAGACAGAACAAGAAGUUCAUGGAGGACUCUGAGGAGUGCCUGGCCAGGCUGCGUCUGGAACUGGAGGGCAAAGUGGACAGCUUUGUGGGCCGACUACUGGAGUGCACGCGUACCAGCUCCGAGACCAACGCCCCCGCCAUCCACAAGAACAUCUCCCGCAUCUGCCAGGACCUGGAACGACUCCGUGAGGUGCGCUGCAGCAUCUGGGGCCUCCAGCAGGAGAACGACCCCUUCAGCUUCAUCGAGGCCUACAAAACCACGGGAAGACGAUGCUCCAAGCUGCUGAGGAAGAACAUGUUCUACCCGGAAUACGUGGACAUGGAGCCAGAGCUUCUGGGCGUCAUGAUGGAGGAGGAAAUGCGCAAGUUUCUGGAUGAGGAAAUACCGUGUUACAUCGUGGCCGCCAUCAACUCCAUCUGUCGACUCUCCAACGUGGAAGAGGAUGACGAGCGCAUCCACAACCAGGAAGCGACCAGGGAGACAGACGACGACGACGACGAUGAUGAUGACAACGAUGACGACGACGACGUCCUCGACGAUAGCAGCGAGGAAGAGAUGAGGAGCGAGGGCGAAGAGGAGGAAGAGGAGGAUGAAGGGCAUGACCUGAGUGAGCUGGCUGAAGAUCUUUACAUCCCUGAGGAGGAUGACGAGGAAUUGGAGGAGGAGGAAGAUCGGGAGGAGGAGGAGGAGGAGGAAGAUCAGGAGGAGGAGGAAAAUCAGGAGGAGGAGGAAGACUAUGAAGAUGAUGAGGAUGGGGAGGAAAGAAGGCACUAAUUGGAGGAUGGGCUGGUGAUGUGCACGAGGAGCUUGUAUGUUCUCCAGGUGCUACACACACACACACACACACACAAACACACACAAAGCUGAAUGUAUAAUCAAAGAAUGUUUUUUUUUUCUACCAAGUUCCUCAUUAAAUAACAAAAAGGGGGUUGGGAUGUAUGGGAUUUUGAUGAGAAGAUUCCAGGUCUGGAAAAGUAUGGAACAAUACUCAUGUUUCCAAGACUGAUACCACUGUUUCUGUUUUCUGAAAGAUAAAAUUCUGAAUAACUAGAAACAACGGAGGGAUGUGUUUUUCUCAGGCACUUGCUGGGGCAGCUGAGAUGUUUGUGUGAGAGCACACGCGAGACGCAUCCCGGAAAACAUUUGUGAAGAUUGACAAGCUGAAUGACCAAAGCCUCUGCUCUUAAUCUCUUCCAUCACUUUGUAUGAGCUACAUGACCGAGCUGUAACCUGGAAAUGAUAUGCUGACGUAUGGCGUACAUAUUCACCACUCAUCCCGUCAUUUACUGACAUCAUACUAGGGCUACUACUAAACAUUGUUUCAUCUGGAGCUUGUUGGGGUGAAUGGAGUAAUGUCUUAGGCCCUACAUGGACCAAAUCAAUAUGAAGCAAACACACACAGUUAGUGUUUUGGUUGGCAACAAAGCAAAGAUUUGAUAGAUAUUCACAAAGAUAUUCACAACUGGGAGACUGAAAUCAGAGGAUAUUUACAUUUUUUUUAUUUUAAUUGAAUAAUCGAUUAAUCAUGGAUUUACCAAUUAAUUGUUGCAGUUCUGAUGACACACAUUUAUUUACAGAGUCCCGAAAUGUGUGGAAUUUUUGCCACCUGUGCACCAACUUUUGUCUUCAACCCCAGUGUUUCCCAGACAUUUAUGUAUUUGUGGCAGCCACAGAAUAUUUUGAGAAUUAUUAUUGUUAUUAUUAUUACUAGCACAGUUGUGUGGGAAACACUGAACGUUCCACAUUUUAGACUCUGUUAAGGCAUUCAUGCAUGUCGCUUAGCCAAAGACUGUUGUUUGUAUGCAUGGAUACUUGAAUAGGACGAUGGCUUGCUAUGUGAUGCUAACACCAGCUUUUUUUUUUAUUCCUUCAGAUGUGUCAGGUGAUACUAUGCACACUUGAGAUGUUGUUUCAAAGCCACGUUGGAGCAACCUGAGAGUCUGCACUUUAAUACAAAGAUACUAUGCUAAUAGGCCUAAUAUAUUUGAAUGUUGGAAGAAUACAUUUUGAUACAGGUGAUGUUGUGAUGGGUAAUAAAAGAUUACAUGUA